AUGAAUCAGCCUCAACAAUUAUAAAGAAUCCUAAUGAAGGUCUUAUUCCUGAAUCAACUAUUAUGUAAGCAGAUCUAAAUUUUGGGAUGCUAAAAUUGUUGUUUCUGCUUGGUGGGUACAUGUAUCUUAAAUUAAUAAAGGCGUACCUUUAGGUAUGAAUAUCAUCUGGGUCUUUUUGAUCUAUGGAAAAAAGAAUUUUAUUAAUCCUUCUAGAUUGGAAAUGGGUUCUAUUAUUUUAUAUCAAUAUAUUAAGAAAGUAUUAAAAAUAAAUUAAAAGAAGAAUAAUCUUAAAAGUUGA